UUUCUAUUAAGGACCCGGAGAGUUUUGGGGAAACUAGACGAAGUUUAGCUGCGGUCGACAAACAUCCAUCGAUUGAGCGGGAUGAAAGGCGUCAUUAUUUUGCUAACGAACCGUCAAAAACAGACGUUUCAGUUUUUGCACACUUGAACGUUUCGAGAAAACGUGUUUUAUUCGCUCUAAGAUACUUCUGUAGAUAGGUUUGAAAGUUCCAACGCAGUGAUUUCAAUAUCAGAUAAGCAUCGUCAGAGGAGUGCUCCCAGUGAGGAUGUAUACACCAAGGAUUACCAUUAAUGCAUUGAUGCAUUUCGCUAAAAAUCACCUCCUGUUGAUAUCCAUAUUUCUCGCAAGCUUCACGUAUGCAGUAGCUGAUGGGAACCUUUCAGAGUCUGGAGAGGUCGAGGCUUUAGCCGAGGCCCAAAGUGGAGGUUUGCCAACAUCGGAAGGUUAUUUCCUGGAGUUUGUGGAGCCGCCAAACAAUAUAACUAUAGUACAAGGCCAGGCAGCCACACUGCACUGCAAAGUAGCAGGCAAUCCCUGGCCCAACAUUCGCUGGUUUAAGAACGACGCCCCAGUGGUGCAGGAGCAGGGACGAGUCUCCAUUCGUAAAACAGAGGCCGGAUCCAAACUCCGCAUUCAAGAUCUGGACACCACCGACUCCGGAUACUACCAGUGUGUGGCCUCAAAUUCUGCAAAAGUUAUCUCGGCUACAGGAGUGCUCUAUGUGCGACUAGGACAGUCCCCAGCCCAUGGAGCAGACGAUGCAACGCUUGAAAAGGACUUCUGCCAGCCGUACAGAGGCAUUGCUUGUGCUCGAUUCAUAGGCAACAGAAGUAUUUAUGUGGAGUCCCUGCAGAUGCAAGGAGAAAGCGAAAACCGCAUCACCGCGGCCUUCACCAUGAUUGGCACCUCUACCCAGCUUUCAGACCAGUGCUCAGAGUUUGCCAUUCCUUCCUUCUGCUAUUAUGUCUUCCCGCUGUGCGAGGAGGGCACAAGAGGUCCAUGGAAGCGCCAGCUCUGCCGUGAUGAGUGUGAGGCUUUGGAGAAUGACUUGUGUCAUGCCGAGUAUACUAUUGCACGCUCCAACCCUCUAAUCCUCAUGCAGCUCGAACUGCCCGCAUGCAACUUGCUUCCUCAACCUGGCUCACCCGAAGCAGCCAGCUGCAUUCGUAUUGGCGUGCCAUCUCAAUAUUCACCCCCAGAUCACAGCUGUUACAAUGGAAGUGGCGCUAACUACAGGGGCAAAGUCAGUGUCACAAAAUCAGGCUACCAGUGCCAACCCUGGAGUACACAGUAUCCACACACUCACUACCUGACCCCUACUGAGUACCCUGAACUCGGAGCAGGUCACAAUUUCUGCAGGAAUCCUGGUGGGCAAAUGGAGAGCCCUUGGUGUUUCACCUUGGACCCUAAUGUUAGAGUUGAUGUCUGUGACAUUCAGCCCUGCAAGCCACCAGAGAAAAUGAAGAAGGAGAUACUGUAUAUUCUAAUUCCAAGCAUAGCUACACCUUUAGUUAUCGCCUGCUUAUUCUUCUUAGUGUGCAUGUGUCGCAACAAGCAAAAGGAGGCAGCCGACACACCUAUUAGCGGACAACUUACCGCCUCACCAAGUCAAGAAAUGGAGCUACCUCUUCUAAAUCAGCAUAAGCAUCAGCCAAAGCUCAGAGAAAUCAAUCUGUCUGCUGUUCGAUUUAUGGAAGAGCUUGGAGAGGACUGUUUUGGCAAAGUCUACAAAGGUCACCUUUAUGGUACAGCCCCAGGUGAACAGACCCAGGUGGUUGCCAUAAAGACAGUAAAAGACAAAGAUGAGGGUACCCUGCGUGAAGAAUUCCGCCAUGAGGCCAUGCUCCGUUCCCGCCUACAGCACCCCAAUAUCGUCUGCCUUUUAGGCGUGAUAACUAAAGAACAACCCAUGAGCAUGAUCUUCAGCUAUUCAGGCCAUGGUGACCUUCAUGAAUUUCUGGUCAUGCGGUCCCCACACUCAGAUGUCGGCAGUUCAGAUGACGAUAGGACAGUGAAAUCCACCCUCGAGCAAGCCGACUUCUUACACAUUGUAACACAAAUAGCAGCUGGAAUGGAGUAUCUUUCCAGUCACCACAUGGUACACAAAGAUCUGGCUACUCGCAACAUCCUGGUCUGUGAUAAGCUAAAUGUAAAAAUCUUGGAACUUGGGCUGUUUAGAGAGGUAUACUCUGCUGACUACUACAAGUUGAUGGGCACUAGUCCGUUCCCUAUUCGUUGGAUGUCCCCAGAAGCCAUACUGUACGGCAAGUUUUCCACUGAUUCAGACAUUUGGUCCUAUGGAGUGGUUUUGUGGGAAAUUUUUAGCUAUGGCCUUCAGCCUUACUGUGGCCAUUCUAACCAAGAUGUGAUUGAGAUGAUACGCAACAGACAAGUGCUAUCCUGCCCUGAUGACUGUCCAGCCUGGAUUUACACACUAAUGUUAGAGUGCUGGACUGAGUUCCCAGCACGAAGGCCACGGUUCAAAGAUAUACAUGCACGUUUGCGCACCUGGGAGAGCUUGUCCAACUACAACAGUUCAGCACAGACCUCAGGGGCGAGCAACACCACUCAGACCAGCUCCCUAAGCACAAGCCCUGUCAGUAACAUCAGUAACGCCCGCUACAUUAGUCCCAAAAAGAUGUCCCCUUUUCCUCAGCCUCAGUUUAUGCCUAUGAAGGGCCAGAUGCGCCACAUGGUACCACCUCAGCUCUACAUUCCAGUCAAUGGCUACCAGCCAGUACCAGCAUAUUCUUAUCUGCAAAACUUCUACCCCAUGCAGAUCCCAAUGCAGAUGCCUCCACAUCAGUUGCACCCACAGAUGGUUGCCAAGGCUGGAUCGCAUCAUAGUGGAAGUGGCUCCACCAGCACAGGCUAUGUCACUACAGCCCCCUCCAACGGAUCUGGUACAGAGAAGGCAGCUUUUAUGAAUGAAGACCAAAAGGCAGCCGUGGACGAUUUAGCUGAUGGAGCCUCUCAAAAUGGUCUGCACAGUGAGGACUUGUCUGUUCCUGAGACAGAGCUAUUGGGAGACAAUGACAGUCCACACACAGAGGAUAACGAGAUCAACUUGGAGGCAUAGGCACCUUAUGAAUAAAAUAAGAAAACAAUUCUGUGAAAUGCACAUUUUAAAUAGCUUUUUGUGCAAGUUCUAAAAGUGAAGGGAAACUGGUAAAUGACACAUAAUGUUAUUUAUAGGUAAUUUUUUGGCAGCCGACGCAAGAAAACAUGCUGCUGUUUGGACAGUAAUCCCAGCUUCACCCUUGAACUCCCAUUUUUUUGUUGUCUGUGAUGAAGAAUCUGGCUUUCACCUGUUCACCAAAGGACUGUGUAUACAGUAUGUAUUGUUGCAAAGCUGUUCAGAAGAAUUUAUGUUCUUAUUGUUGCUGUGCAAAAUAGAACAUCUUUAAGGAUUUUGCUGGGAACCACCUAUUAAUAUACAGAUGACAUUGUCAUCAUCUUAGUGGACACAUUUCUUAAUGCAACAUCUCAUAAUUGUUUCAUUAAGCAAAUAAAAAGACUAGUUUUUAAUCUAAUCUUAAUUUGUGGUGAACAGUUUAGACAAGAAUCACCUGACUUCAUGCUUGAGAAAAUAAUGUGCAUAAUGAAAACUGCACUAUGGAUCACAGUAAGGAACUAUGAAAGAUGUGAUUGCUGAUGCCAUACAUUUGUUUUGCUUAUUGAACAUUGAAUGCCUAUUGUAAAAAUGUGUAAUUUAUGUUAUCGAUUCGCUUUAAAGGGAUUGUUCACCCCAAAAUGAAAAAUUCUGUCAUGAUUACUCACUCUAGUUGUUCCAAACCUGUAUAAAUGUCUUUGUUUGGUUAAACACAGAGAAAGAUAUUUGUAUUAAUGCUUGUAAUCAAACAGUUCAUUGAUGAUAACAGUAGGAAAAAUUGCAAUAGUUUUAGAAAGUACCCCAGAACUGUUUGCUGUCCUACAUUCUUCAAAAUAUUAUACUUUGUGUUUAACAGAAUGGUUAAAAGUUGGUUAUAAGCAUUCUUCCAAAUAUCUUUCUCUGUAUUAAUCAGAACAAAGAAAUUUCAACAGAUUUGGGACAACUUGAAGGUAAGGAAAUGAGUAGAAUUUUUAUAUUUGAGCAAACUAUUUCUUUAAGUGUUGUAAGUGUUUUGUCUUAUUUGCUGAUAUUUUAUUUAGCCAUUACUUCAAAGUCUUACCAACCAGAUAUCUGCUUUUCAUCCAGAUUUUAUUAAUGUUCAUUAAAGGCAUUGGAUACUCUG